UCUGAGCCAUGAUCUUGGGCGAAAUUGCGCGCCAAAACCGUAACUUGAUAAAGUGGAUUAGGCCUGCGCUGAACUCUCUAAAUCCGUCGCCCACAACAAAUCGAGUAACUUUCCAUUCCACAAUGUCGAUAGUUCAAAAACGAGGAGCCCUGAUCGUGCUGGAGGGAUGUGACCGAGCCGGCAAAACCACACAAUGCAAGCGGAUAGUGGAACACCUGACCCAAUCCGGACGCAAGGCUAAAUUUAUGAACUUCCCGGACCGGUCAACGGACUGCGGCAAGCUGAUCAACUCGUACCUGACCAACAAAGAUAACUUCACCGAUGAAGGAAUCCACCUGCUGUUCACACUGAACCGGUGGGAAGCCCGAAAGCAGAUGGAACAGUUGCUGCAGGAUGGAACCACUCUGAUCGUGGACCGGUACUCGUACUCGGGGGUUGCAUUCAGUGCAGCCAAAGGACUCGACAUGGAGUGGUGCAAGGCGCCGGAAGCGGGCCUGCUCAAGCCGGACCUCGUGAUCCUGCUAACGUUGACGGCGGAAGCGCUAGCGAAGCGAGGAGGCUUCGGCGAGGAACGGUACGAAGUGCCCGAGUUCCAGCGGCGUGUGAUGGGUAAAUUCGCAGAGCUGAGGGAUGACACGUACUGGAGGCAGAUCGAUGCGGACAAGGGCCAGGACGAGCUGACGGUGGAGUUGAGCGAGCUGGUGCUGGGCACGAUCGACGCGUGUGGGCACCGGGCGCUGGGAAAGUUGUGGUGAGAGAUGGGAAGGGAACUUGGAAAUUGGGGUUUAAUUUGCGUUUAACUGUAUUUAGUUUUUUUUGUCAUUCUCAUUGAUGUAUCAACUGGGAUAAAAAUUAUGUUUGAUCAAGUAGUAUCAUAAGAUAUUUUUUUCCGAAAAUUCAAUCCUUGUACGACAUACCUGCCAAUCCCUGUUUGAGAACUUGCAACUUACCUUGGGCAUUUUUUCAAUUUGCGAAAAAAAUGUUUUUUUGGGCGACCUGAGGCCUCCUGAGGGCGCUAUAGUUUUUCGUGAAGGCGCAGCACAAAUCGGCAAUUUCAGGGUUGUUACGGACGGCGCGGAUCGCGCGGAUGGCGCGGAUGGCGCGUAUCGCGCGGAUCUGGCGCGGAUUUGCUGGCUAAUUUUGCUCAGGCGCGGAUUUCGCGCGGAUUGUAAUAUUGAUAAACAAAAUAAUUGAGAACGAUAGAUUUUCUUUCAAAUUACAAAGGAAAAUAUUAUUAGGAAUUAAAUAAUUUUUUUUUUUCGUUUAGUGCGAAAACAUCAAUUUCUAAGAAGUUGUUAAUGAAGAAUGUUUUCUUCUAAAAAUUAUUGAUUGUUUUUUUUUCUUAAUAAGAAACUUUGAAAUAAUCUUCAAGGAGCGAUUUUUUUUAAUGUAUUAAGAUUUGUUAUAUAAAUUUAACAUCACAUUACAACUCUUAAAAAAAAAACAAAGCUCACCCGACAGACUUCGUUCUGCCUUUUUUCGUUUGUUGACUUUUUUUUUUACUUUUUCGUUUAUUCAGCCUCCUGUGAUCAAAAUUUGAUUUUACGCAUCUUUUUCCAUACAAUUUGCCGAUGCUCCGGAAUCGGUUCCGGAGUGGCCAAAGUGUCAAUAUAUUAGCGUAAAAACCUUCCUUGGGCUUAUACGAACCCAACGCAACAAAGAGCGCUCCGAUCCGUUUUUCCGUUAUCAACUUUAUAUAUAUAGAUAACAAAAUUCGAAAAAAUUACAGAAUAUUAAAAAUUUGAAGCUAUGAAACUUUUUAGAUUUUCGAUGUUUUUUUCAAUAUAAAAAUUUAAAUUUUUAAAUUUUUCGUUUAUUGAAAAAAUUAAAAACUCUGUUGCCAUUCUGAUUCAGGUAGAAUUGAUUCUACUCCCAAUUAUCACACGAAAUCCAUUUAGAAA